AUGGCGGAUGAUGCUCCUACACGCGUAGAAUUUUCCAACAUUUUCGGGCAACGUCUUAUAGCUAAGCGUGACGGGAGGCCAGCUGAGGUUCCUGUAACGGAGUUGGAUGGGAAGUAUGUAGGCGUCUACUUCAGUGCUCACUGGUGCCCGCCUUGCCGGGCCUUCACUCCGCUGCUUCGGAAAACGUACCUCAUGCUCACAGCUUUGGGGAAACCUUUCGAAAUUGUUUUCGUCUCGAGCGACCAGUCUCAACAAGAAUUUGACAACUAUUAUGGCGAGAUGCCAUGGAUGGCGAUUCCGUACACAGAAACAGCCUACCGAUCGGGUCUCGGGCGCCGCUUCAGUGUCAUGGGCAUCCCAACGCUGGUGAUUCUGUCGCCGGAGGGACACGUCGUCAACACCAAUGCACGAACAGCGAUCAUUCGGGAUCCAGAGGCGUCUCGAUUUCCUUGGGAGGGCGAGGAGGAAAGGCCGGCGUUCAGCCUGCUGCCCAUCUUCCUCAUGGUUGUGGCCGCAUGGCUCGUGGCACAGUUCUUCUUUGGCAAUCGAUGAGGAGAACCCAUUUCGCGCUGCUCCUCUUAGUCAUCCCACUCUCUAAGACGAAUCCUCCAGAAUGGCUCUCCUGCACUCCUCCCUUAAGCACACCGGAAGGAAGUUCCCGCUUGGGGUCGCGACGGGAAGCCCUGAAGGCGCAAUUUCGGAACCCCAACGCAAAAUUGCAAACCUGCCAUCCUCGGCCUACUAAAUACCAAAACAGAUUGUGCGUAACCUUCUAAAUAGCAUGCUGCUUUCAAUUUCUGUUUUUCAUGUUUUUUUUUGGAUUCGGCAAGUGGGUCGUUUGUGUGUUUCCGCAUGUCUGUCACUUGCCGAUCUGAGCUAGCGUAGGCAUUAAAUGAGCGACGAUGGCAAGGUUAUGGUCGUUAUAGACCAUGAGGUUGCGGACAGAAGGUGCUUGGCUGGUGAUGCAAACGGAGCCCAUUGAGCGUACGGAUGUAUGGUGUCCGGAUGGUGAUCGGGUCCCACAUCCCAAUAAUGAGACCACGCACGGCUGCUGAGCCUCCCAACAACACAGCCCGCCAUGACCACGUGGUCAGUAGGCCCGCAGAUGGCUUUGUAACUCUGGGUGCUUCAUAACUUGAGUGAUGCAGACAGUGAUCAUGCUUGACGGCACGUCGUGUUGAAGUGGGUUGGGAACCACCCGCGGGUCCCACGCGAGGGGGACAUGCCGCAACGGCUCGUGGCGGCCAACGCAUUGGGCUACAUUAUAGUCUAUAAGGCAAGUCAGCACACAAAGCACUUGGGUUGACACUUGCAGAUGUAACAACGGGGGCAGCGAUAUGGAGCGCGCGGAGCCUAUUUCCUAAAUAGGCUUGGUCCACCCGACGUGAUUGCCGUCGCCGGGGUUAUACGCUGAGAGUGCGCUUGUAUGCAUGAAUGUGAAUGAAGUGUC